GCGUCACUAAUGCAUGAUACUGUACUUUGUUGAGCGAGACAGCCAUACAGCGCACCUGAAAACCCAAGUAAAACUCUUGUUAGGAUGGCGUCGAGUGCCUCAAAGUUAAUCCUAAGGACCCUGUGCGAUAACCACGGGUGUUUGGACUUUAAGAGACUGAGCGAUGAGCUUUUGCGAAGUUCAGUAGAGACAGAAGAACUACGGUCUAUUUUAUUCGACGACGGUAAAAUAGCUAUUCGAGAGGGAACAAAGCGGGCCACAGGCGGUCUGAUACUCGGCCCAGACAGUCUGGUUGUGGCCAAAACCAGAUUGAGGCUCUGUCAAAAGAAACCCGGGCAAUGUCAGCACUGCGACGGCUUACAUUUGUGCAGGUAUUUUGUUUGCGGAGGCUGCACUUUCGGACAGAAGUGCAAAAAUCAACACAGCCUGGAUUGCGCGCACAACGCAGAGCUUUUGAAAAGGCAUGACCUUCUCGGUUUGACAGAGAAACAGCUGUUCCAGCUGUUACUGCAGAAUGACCCUUACCUGCUUCCUGAGGUGUGCCUGCAUUACAACAAGGGGGACGGUCCAUUCGGGUCUUGCCGAUACGCCAGCAGCUGCACCAAGCUUCAUGUCUGCCAGCACUUCCUCCAGGGGGACUGUAGGUUUGGCUCGACGUGUAAGAGGUCCCAUACGUUUGAUACGCAAGGAAGCAAGCUUUUCCGAGGAUUUAGCCAGGAGAACCUUCAAAACCUUCCCAAUUACUACAGAAAUAGAUACAUUAUCACGAAUCCACAAGUGCAGGCACCCGUUCUCCGAGUGCUUCCAGAGGCUUCCGGACUCUGCCUCGAUCAGGCUGCUUCUCGGCCAUCCCACCAGAAGCCCGGAUCUCCCACUAGUUCCGGGGCUCCCUCCAAACCCUCGAGUGAUGCCGAGAAGAAUGAGAUCUGCCUGUUUUUCAUUCGCAGACAGUGCAGCUACAAAGAGAAAUGCGCCCGUGCCCACUGGCACCUACCGUACAGAUGGCAGGUGUUAGACAAAGACGGGGUGACCUGGAAAGACCUGCCCAACAUGGAGGAUAUUGAGAAGGCAUACUGUGAUCCGGCGUGUGACACCAGCUGCAAGGAUCAGAUACCAGCUGCCUUAGGGAUUUUCAGACUUUUGACUCUUCAAAGCUCUGUUUCCAGCGUUGAGCAACAUGUGGACUUCAAAACGAUGACUUAUGGAGGGUCUCCGGUUUGUCGCUUGUCGACUGCCUCGUCUGUCUCGAAGCCCCCCCACUUCAUUCUGACAACAGAGUGGGUUUGGUAUUGGAGGGACGACAGUGGGCUAUGGCUGGAGUAUGCACAGGAUAAUGGCGAGAGCACCGUCAGCUCUCAAACCCUGGAGAAUUUGUACCUGGCAGACAGAGAUACGGAGAUUCCUUUCGGAGCCGGCAAGCAUCAGUAUGUGCUCCACUUUAAAGGAGCGACAGGAGGCCAGCAGAUGUAUCAGCAAAAUAUAAAAUACCAAACCAGAAGAGAGGUCAGAAGGAGGCCUCGCUUUGUGUCUGCCCAUGACGUGCAGGUGACUCUGGGGAGGGAGUCAUCACAUGGCGCCAGCACCUCCAACCCUGAAAACGUCCCAUCCUACUGGGACAAGAAAGCUCUGCCCGAGUACGGAUACAAGCUCGUGUCACUGACGAAAUCUGCACAAGAUUACAGUAUGAUUGAGAAACUAUUUAAGCAGACUAUGCCACAGAGUAAAAUCAGCAGCAUUGAGAGGAUCCAGAACCCCUCUCUGUGGAAGGUCUUUCAGUGGCAGAAAGAGCAGAUGCAAAAGAGGAAUAAUGGGAAACCUGUCGAUCAAAUGUACUUGUUCCACGGAACAAGCGAGACUUGGGUAUCUGCCAUAUGUGAGCAAAACUUUGACUGGAGGAUGUGCGGUGUCCACGGCACAGCUUAUGGCAAAGGGAGCUACUUUGCCAAAAAUGCAUCCUACUCAGACAGAUACUCCCGUGCCAGCGGCAGCCUGAACAAGAUCAUGUUUGUUGCUUUGGUCUUGGUGGGGCACCACACAAAGGGAAGCAGCAGCUACGUCAAACCGCCAGCGAAAGGAAGCAGCAGGGAUUUCUAUGACAGCUGCGUUGAUAAUGAGAGAGACCCCGGCAUUUAUGUUAUCUUCGAAAAACAGCAGAUUUACCCAGAGUAUCUGAUUAAGUAUGUGUAAGUAAAACUUCUCCUUUUAGUGAGGGGUGGUUCUUUAUGGUGGUUCUUUAAGGAUUUAAAAGUUCAAAUGGUAAUAUUUCAUAUUGUUAGAUGCAAAGGGCUACUUUGGGUGUGACGGUAUAGUAAGACGAUCAAUUAGUGUUCAAGCCUCAGGGUACAGUCUCUUGAUUGCUUUAUCUCUUAUUUCCUCAUCAUACAUCUAUACAAGAAUCAAGGUUAAAUGCAAAGGUUGAAGUACUUUUUUUUCAGUAAACCAGUGUCAGUUGAAGAGCUCAUAGGGGAAAGGCCAGCAUGUAGUAUAUAUGGUUAUGUUCUGGCCCUUUUCAGUCAAAGAAAAGGAGCAGCUUCAGUUGAUGCCAAUAUCAAAUUUGUUUGUUUGUUUGUUUUUUUCUUAAGAUAGGUUGAAGACAUUAUAGAUAUUCUACAAACCAAUACGUUGAUUGAAAAAUACAGGGAAUAGGUAUCCGUGACUGUCAGAAUGGGUCAAAUACUUUUUUUUUUUAAUGCAAAGCCGAGCUUUUCUGUGACAUAUAUACUUACUCUAACUUCCUUUUCCAGUAAAAAUGUAGACACAAAGAAGAAAUUUUUUAAACGUAUGUAGACACGGCAUGAUUGUUGCUGGUUCAUCCAAAAUAAAAAUAACAAUGUGGGUGUUGGAUUGUUUAACCCUAACAACCCAAAUUAUUAGCAGUAAAAAUAUCAUUGUCAUGUUAAAAAUGUCAAAAAAGAGGAAAAGGUAGGAAAAAAGAGGAGUGAACUUGUGUUGGGGGCCGGAACUUCCUGUGUGGGCCUUCCUGUGGUUAAAACACCUGCGUGAGACCGUCUCUCAGCCUAGCAGGUUCAGCUCAUGGUCCAAUCACCAGAUACACAACUGGUAAGGAGGAAAUUAAGUUAGUUAUUAAGAUAUUGUUUAUUGAAAGGUAGAAGUUGAGUUGGAAGAUGUUGUAGUAUGGUUUGUG